AUGAAAUUUGCAGUUAUUUUCGUAAUUUUUGUGGCCUUUCAUUUUUGCCGGGGUUUAGAUAUUGAAUGUAAUUUCAUUCAAUAUAAUUGGUAUGGUUUGGGAGAGAAAUACAUUUGUUCUGCAGAACUUGAAGAAGAAAUUGAAGUCUUAAGAAGAAGUUUGUCGAAAGUUAUUCGAAUUAGUGGAAGACAUUACGGGAAUCGAAAUGAUGAAGACGUGUUGGGGGUGGUGAUUUCUGGACAAACGACGUUCGGUAUUGUAAGAAAUUUCAAAGAGUUCUUCCCAAAUAUGGAUCAACUUUAUGUCAUACGAUCAAAACUGAAAUUUUUAUACCGAUCAGAUUUCAAAGGGUAUAAAGCAUUGAAAGCACUUUCACUAUCGAGAAAUCAUUUAUCGCAUCUUCCUUAUGAUGCUUUCAAUGAACUUACGAAUUUAAAAUACUUUGAUAUUUCUUUCAAUCAGUUGACACAAAUGCCAAAUAUAUCAGCCAUGAAGAAACUUAUAAGUCUUUAUUUACACGAAAAUAGCAUUGAAUCCCUGACCAAAGUAGAUCUUUCCAACAAUUUAGACCUAAAAGGAAUAUGGCUUUAUAACAACAAUUUGAAAUAUAUCCAAGCUUCUGCUUUUGAACAAUUACACAAUGUGAGAUUCGUUGAUUUGAUACACAAUAACUGCAUUAACAUGGCUAGAAUUUAUUAUAACCCUCAGCCAUUCUAUAAUGCAAUAAAUGCAAAAUGUUCUAAACGUCCAAAUGAAGAUAAUGAAAUUGAGAUUUUAUUCUGA